AUGCGUCACCAGCAGGAAAAGAGCCAAAUCUCAUCUAUCCACAAAGAGAGCCGGUUGGAGCGACUCACAAAUGGGGAGGCCAUUGAAUUCUUAAGGACUCUCCCACAGAAUCACCCCUUUGGCGUCCUGGAGAACGACGAGAAGCGGGAGUUCCUUCGACGGCUUUAUGUCCCACUCCGUGACCUAUUCAGUACCAGCACAACACCUUCUCGUGCAAAUCGCACCAGAGUUCUGGGUAUUAGUCGUCUCGAAGUACUUAAAAGCCUGGCUGAGCGUUUCCAAGGGUUCGAAACGGAUCCGUUGGAGUUCUGGGAAAGACUUAGCAAAGCACUGCCACAAUAUGCUAAACAUGGGGCCGAAAACAGAGCGAAGAUUUUCCUCGAGGGUGCGGUUCAGCUGGACACCAACAUCCAGGAGCAGCUCAUACUUCAAAGAUUUGUGUCUGUCGCCUCUUACAAGCUUUUCCGAAGAGCAAUUCCCGCAUCAGACACUCGAAUCAUGCCAGAAAGCCUGAAACGAUUUCUGAUUCACGUGGGCAUAUGUAGCUCAGAAAGCGGGCAUGAAGAUAUCCGCAAAUAUGGGGAUAUCAUCAAACGUGGACGAAGACACGCGCACUUCUGCCAGGAACUUAAAAGUGGUCAAACAACCGAUGACAGCGAAGGCGAUAAUGAAGCCUAUGGACCACUUUUCUUCUCCUCUAUUCCAGACACUAUUUGGGAUGAGAAAGGUCUUCUUGGAGAGGACUUUGACACGGUUAUAAGACAUCUUCGAGAAAUGGAUGUCAUGGAGAAAUCCAGACAGGCCAAAGCCUCCCAAAUGGCCAAAGUCUUGCUAGAUUUCCACGAAAAAUUUGUUUGGGUCAAUGGAAUGCCCCAAAGCUCGUCAGAGAAAAGGAAAACAAAUGAACCGGGACAUAAAACAGCUAGGAAAAAAAGAGGAAGAACUGAAAACCUAAGCCCCUCAUACACCGCAGCUACUUCUCACGAGCAAGAUGUCCGACCAGUAGGAGUGCCUAUACUCGAGUCUCGGCUCUCUCUGGAGCGCGAACGCGAGGGGUGUUUCCAGGCCAGUCCGGGACUUGCUUCCAACGCUACGUGGCAGGUCUCACAGAUCGGAUCCCCCGGUGAAGGCUCAUUUGUUCUACCGGGAAUUACGCAGCAAGCACAGCGAGGGACUGGAAUCGCGCCUGGCCGGUCUAGAAUGGAAGAAGAACGGUCUCGAUUCGACACACUAGUUUCAGCGGCAUGUUCUACAUCCACCGCCGAACAGUUCCAAGAAAGGGCGACCAGAGCUGCGACCGCGGACUUCGACCCUCUACCUGCACAAACUCAAGAAACACUCCUUGACAUUACCGCACUCGAUUUCGUCGUCCCGUUGCUUGACAUGGCCGACCUCGAAUUUGUUGUUGACCCACAAUCAUCCAUGUUUUCCCAACUUCAUUCUUUUGAACAAGAGAUUUCCCGUCUCCCGAAUUAA